UUGACAUUUUGACACUUUAAAUGGCAAUUAGUCAUCAUAUAUUUGUGUUUUGGUCGUGGUGUUUUCAUAUGAUUAUUUUAACCGAUUAAAUAACCAACAAGUGGAGAAUAUCAUUAGUGAAAAAUAUUAUUACUAUACUUUCUUUCCCGUAAUAUAAUGAGUGUAUAUUAUUGCGAUGGACGACAUGUUACCAGAAGACGUAAAUUUGUUGAGUUCUUUGGAAAAAUUGGAAUUAGAUAUUAAAGCGAAUAGAAAAUCCAUCGAUUGUCCUAAACCGAAUCCAUUCAUGAAACGAAGACGUACAAAAUCGCUUUCUUCUAUCAAUUUCGGAUCAAAGUGUACUUGCAAUAAUUCAAGUCCUCCAAACGUGAAACAAACUACUUCGUUCAAAAGAACCAAUAAAAAAAUAUUGAGGGACCCCAUAUUAAAAUUUCUCAAGUGUUCUCAAAAAGUACAUAAUCAGAAGAGGGAAAAACAGUUUGGUGAAAUGUUAAACAACGCUGAUGAUUUCAAAUCUAUUAUCAACGGUUGUGAAUUAUUAAGUAUAGAUAAUCAAGCUAAUUCGACUAAAUACUCAUCUCCGAGUUUUUUGAUGGCACAAACUCAGAAUAAUGUUCAAAAAACAGAAAAUCAAAAUCCGAAUCUCGGUAGCUGUUCCCAUCAGGCCAGGAUGAACGUGAAUCCACCCUGUGACAUAACUAUUGACGAACUGGCUAGUUAUUUUGAAACUUUUGUGCAUAUUCCAAAAAAGAUGAGUUCUAUGGCUGAAAUGAUGUACAUUUAAAUUUUUCUUUUUACAAAAUAAUGGCGUACAUGAGAAAUAUAUGUGUGCUUAUUUCUUUAUAUUUGUUGAGCAACUCUUCUUUAUAAAAUGUAGAUGCUGUAUAGGUGUAAUUGAAGUUUCAUAAAAAAUAAAUUACAUUGGCACGCCUCCCUCGUAAUAUAAUAAAAAGAAUUUUCUAUUUCAUUUAAUGUACUAUAAUUUGAGAACAUUAUAUAUUUUACUUUCUGUAAUUUUGUAAUAAAGACUUUUUUUUUUUUAUUUUAAACACGUUUCUAUAAUAAUAAUAAAGAAGAUUAAAAUA